CCUCAGGCCGCCAUUUUGAACGCAAUAUGGCGCCAUUUCACUUUCCUUUCCAAUGUGCCGUCUACUGAGCGUGGAUCCUAAAAAUGGAGGUCGAAAGAGAAGUCUUGUGUCCGGAAAAUAAAGAACUGGCUGCGUACAUGUUGAAAAAGAGGCAAGAGAUGGCGGAAGGAAAGAGAGGGAUAUCCGAAAAUACUGAUAAGACUAUUAUCAAGGCGCACACCAACAUAUGCGGCUGCAAAGCUCAUAUUAGAACCAUGCGGGAUCUUUCUCAAAUCAAGGGUGUGGGGAAGUGGAUUCUGAAGUUAAUGCAAGGGUUUUUUGAGACAGAUUCUGACGCUAUUCCAAAUGAAAGUUCUGAUGAUAAGGGGAAGAAAAACAAGGGACCAAGGCGAUAUAUGCCACAGAAGAACUCAGUGUCAUAUGCCUUGAUAAUCACUCUUUACAGGGGCAUGACAGAUGGAAAUGGGUUUAUGCGCAAACAAGAGCUGAUUGAUGCCGCAGAAGCAAGUGGUCUUUCUCGCGUGCCAGUUGGACCAGAGAAAGGCAAAGGGAAACCUGGGAUUGGAGGUUCAGCAAGAGACUGGUACAGUGGAUGGAGCUGCAUGAAAACUUUAAUAACUAAAGGUUUAGUUGCCAAGUCUAGCUGCCCGGCCAAGUAUAUGCUAACAGAUAAAGGAAAGGAAACUGCCCUUGAAUGUCUAAAAAGAUCUGGAAUGGUUGCAAUUGAUGAAAGUCUGGUCAUAAUGGAUGGAUCUUCAAAUUUGGAUGGGAAGGCCAUUGAAGACGUGGAAUGCUCCGAGAAGGAAUCGCCUGAUGUGGAUGUUGAAACAGAAUCUUUAUCCCAACAAGUAGCAUCACCCCCUCUUCAAUUGUGUGGGCAGAAGAAAAUGAUUGAUAUUCCACCUGCAUGUCUUGACAGGUUUGUGGGGAUGGGGUAUCCCAAGGAACAAAUUAUUCAUGGGUUUUUAAAGGCUUCAGAGGCCUCACCUGGCAGGGACAUAUCAUCACUUUGGCCGACUGUUCUUUGCCACCUUCGAGAAGAUCAAAUAUAUGGCCUAAGUUCUAGUAUAGUUGAUGACAAAGUAGUCCAGUCUUCAUUUGGAGGAUCAUCUGAUGAUCCACAGUCUUCUGCAUUUCCUGGUUUCAUGCAGAACUCACCUUCAUUGAAAUCCUUCCAAUCAACUGCCGUCUCCGUGAGCAGUAAUGGCAGAGAAUUCUCAGAAACUAAAUCUAGUAUCUUAUCAAUGCCUCCUCUGAUGGACAGAGAGAGGUUUGAAGAUGUUUAUGAAGUGGUUUUGAUAUUGGAUGAUCGAGAGCAAUUUGUUAAUCAAGGGCCGCGUCCCAGGAAAAUUGUUGAGAACAUCAGAGUGCAAUUUAAAAUUCAAAUUGAGGUUAGACGGUUACCUGUUGGGGAUGCGAUCUGGAUAGCUCGGCGAAAAAAUACUGGCGAUGAAUAUGUUCUUGAUUUUAUAGUGGAAAGGAAGAAUGUUGAUGACUUACGCUGUUCAAUCAGGGAUAAUCGAUAUAAAGACCAGAAGUUGCGGCUUUUGAGAUGUGGGCUAAAAAAGAGGAUAUAUGUGGUCGAAGGAGAUGCAAAUUUAUCAGAAGCCGCUGAAAGUAUUAAAACAGCUUGUUUUACGACUGAGAUCUUAGAGGGAUUUGAUGUACAAAGAACAUCUAGCUUGGGAGAGACACUAAGGAAAUAUGGCUACCUUACUCAAGCAAUUUAUAAUUACUAUAAUUCAAUGGACUAUGAGCAUAAAAGUCCUGAGAUGUGCCCUCUCUUUAGUUCAUUCAUUAGGAGGUGUGAAGAUUUGGAAAAAAUGACCGCUAGCGAUGUUUUUGCCAUCCAACUCAUGCAGGUUGGACACGUAACAGAAGAGGUUGCAUGCACUGUUCUGGAUAUGUAUCCAACUUUGUUUUCACUUGCACGAGCGUAUUCUCUUCUGGAAAGUGAUGUACAAGCACAGGAGGAAAUGCUCAACAAGCAGAGCAAUAAUUUAAUCAGUGCUGCUGUUAGUAAAAAUAUUUUUCAAUUGAUUUGGG